UCUUAUUUCCCUGGCAAAUGUUGUCACCACAGCCAGUCUCACUUCUCUUCUCCUCCUCCUCCUCCUUUGCCUCCUCCUACUCCUCUUUCCCUUCCUCUUUUCUCCUCUGACCGACGUCCCACACGCCCUGCCUGCGCAUCAGAAGUCCCUCAUAUUCCCCAAAGGAUAAGAUGCCAUGGAGGCCACCAGAACAACGGUGUUGUGCGUCUGCUCCGUCCUGUUUGCCCUAACAGAUGUCGGCUGCGAACUGAUUCACAUUCGUUCAUCGGUUCAUCAUGGAACCAAAGGGAAGGAUCUUCUCCUCUCUGUCGACGCCAGAUUUCCACCGGAUGCAGCUGAGAUCCAGGGAAGUUGGUCUCACAUUAACGUGAACGGUGCUAGCACCAUUUUGGUCUCAUUUAACAAAGACAGCAAAAUCAUAGACAUGAUGUACCGCAAGCGCCUGGACUUCAAGGAGCCAAACGCUUCUCUGUCCAUCCGGAAUUUGAACGAGGACGACGAGGGAUAUUACAAGCUGAGCCUCAACAUAGAGUUUCAUAGCGAAAAAGGAACGGUGAAGAAAGAAGAAAGAACUAUCCAUGUGACAGUAGAUGAGCCUGUCUCCAGACCAGUCAUUGAGAGGAGGCCAUCAUAUACAGUCAUAGAAGACAAAGCAAAUGUAACUUGGACUUGUUCUGUUGAGAAAGGAACAAGAGUUGCCUUCCGGUGGCUAAGGGAUAAUGUUUUACUUACUCCCAGCGAGAGAUACCACUUUACUCAAGACAAAUCCACGCUGUUGAUUAGCCCUGUGAGAAAGGAGGACAAGGGGACUUAUCGCUGUGCUGUCAGCAACCCUGUGAGCCAAAUCAUGGAAAGCAGGGGAGUGGAGCUCAAUGUUUACUAUGGUCCCUACAACCUGGAGGUGAACUCCGGCCAGGGCCUCCGAACAGGGAAGGUGUUCACCAUCAACCCCGGAGAGCUGGUGCACUUCGAAUGCCAGGCCGAUUCCAACCCCCCCAACAGCUACGUCUGGAUCUCCAAGAGCCCCAAUGCCACAAAGAUCAUCACAACGGGCCCGCAGCUGCAGGUGAAGUCCGACGAGCUGGCCCAGACUGAGGACUACCUGUGCCGAGCCUUCAACAACGUGACCAAGAAGCAGGACGAGGCCCAGUUCACUCUGGUGGUGGCCAGCUUGAGAACAGUGAAAGAGAAAUACGCCGAUGACGGUAGAUCUACGUCUCUGCUGGCAGCCAUCGCGGUCUGUUCUUCAUUCAUCAUUGGCUUCAUGCUGCUGUUCCUCUUCCGCAGGGCAUGUCAUCCAAAGAGAGUCCUCAUGAACAUCUACAACAGGCCGUUUUCAGAGCAGAAACGACCUCAUCGCUCAGGUCAUGAAGAUGCAGCAGACGACUUUGGCAUCUAUGAGUUUGUCUCCAUACCAGGAAAAAUGGACUCCACCCAGUCAUCAUGCAAAUCUCUGGCCCGGCUCGAGUCCAUUCAAGAUAUGCACACCACCAUCUACGAUGUGAUCAGACACGUCCCAGAAUCCCCCAGUGCCAGCUUGCUGAAGUAAUUGUUUGCUGGGUAGAUUCAGUUGUCACACUUGAAGAUUUCUGUGUAGCCUUAUUCUUGUGUUUGCUGCCCAACUGUUUUUUUUUUUGCACACAAAAUGAAGGAGACUUGUUGGGGUACACGACCUGAAUAUGCACUGUUACUGUUGAGAGCUUGGGACAGAUAUUUAUCAUCCUCUACUAGAGAUAGGUAAAAAGUGGAUGUAUGAUUGUGUUUUUUUUUAUUUUUAUUUUAUUUAACAUGAUUAAUUUUUAUUAUGUGUUCAAGAAUGAAGAUUGUUAAAAACCAAGCAGAUCUUUAUAUUACCUUGAGCUUUUUUGAAAUGUAUAAACAGCCAAAACUUUGCAACUUACGUGACAUUGUUGCUUUCAGAAACGAAUUAACUUGCCAAUUCAAACAGACCCUUAAAUAACCGUAUGUUUUCUGACAAGUGUUACAAUGAAGGCAUUUGAUUGCUCUAUUGUAAAUAUUGUACAUGGAUUAUCCUAAAGAGACUUUACAUAUAAUACUCUAUUUCCAUUUUUUGUUUCUUGUUUGUGAAGUUCCUAGACAUGGAAAAAGAAAGCACGCAAAAAUACAUUUUUCAUGAUUUUUGUUUUCAGGAGAAAUAUACAAGAACUCUUUUAUUUUCUUGUUUAUUUUUAUUUAAUGUUUUUUUAAGUUUUGAAUUUACCACCUACUAUGACCGUACACAAUGCUCGUACUGAAAUAGGUGUAGUCAAUUUUAUUGUUUGAAUAAAAAUGGUGUAUUUUUCACAUACAGGACGUUCUUGCAGUGUCUCAUCUCCCAGUUAUUAGUGAAUGUAAUUUACUGCUCCAGUUGAGGGGGUACAUUAUACAUCGAAAACAGGGAUGUUUUGCAAGGUAGACAUUUUGAUGUGCCUGUUGUCUACAUGCAAAGUAAGUUUUUAGAAGGAAAAACAAAACAAAAAAAAUUAAACUGUUUUUUAAAAGUGGUGUUUGUGUUGUUUUUUUCUCUAGCUCUGUGGACAUGAGAUACAGAGAUUCUUAAAAACAAUGUUCCAGUCUACUUUAUUUAUGGCCGCUGUCGUUUUCUUGUUGGCUAUUUUGAGACCACACCCAGUUUAUGUCUUGCUUUGUCGUGGGAAUAAAAGGCUGUUUUGAGACAAUAAACUGUAUCACACACCAUUUGUAAUGUUUAUGUAUUCUGUACAGCACUGGUCCUGUUUGGUAUGUUAAAGUGCAGUACAAUAAGAAUGGAUUGGAUUGGAUUGGAUCCAUUUUCUUCUCUUGUCCAACUCGGAGAACCUUCUUGCCACGACCGAAAGUCAAGUUUUGUAGCUUUUUUUUUUUCAAACAGAAAGUCAGGUGAGUUGAGGGAAAGUUUUGUAGGAGAACUAGGUCAAACAUGCGACAGGCAGGGAGUAUAUUUUAAAAAAACCAAUACUCAUUGCUUGCAAUUCCCAUUUUGGACAAGUUUGACUGUUAAAACUACACAAUGAAUAGAUGCAAAAUGUAAAAGAAACUACAUUUAUCUCUUGAAUAUUCGACCUUUUCAUGGUCAUUGUGCUACUUGAGUCUGUUUCUCCAAAAGUAUUCUUUUGUUUGUUUUCCUUUGAUUUUCCUGCUCAAACUCAGUAAAACCACAUGCUUUAAGAAAAAAAAAUACUGAAAUGAUUGUACAGUUUGUGUAUAUGUGUUUUGUACUUUAUUAAUUAAAUGUAUAUGUAUUUA